GUAGUUUGUCAAAUCUUUCACUUUGACAAAAUGAUUUGAAUUAAAAAAGAGAUUGAAAAUGACGAUAAAUUUGUGAACUCAGUUUAUUUCAGUAAUGUGACUGUAAAGUUUUGAAAAAUUAUAAAAAUUGUAAAUUUUCCGUGAUAUGCCGGGACCGGAUGUGAGGACCAAUGAUAAUGUCUCGACCGCUGAGCCCACCACGGCCGUCCACAACGCUGCCGACAGGAAACUAACCGUUCUCGAAACUCAUGGCUACGUCCUUGGACGCACCAUCGGAUCUGGCUCAUAUGCUACUGUCAAGGUGGCAACCAGUGAAAGACACAACUGCAAUGUUGCUAUCAAAAUUAUCAGUAAAUUUCAAGCACCGGGUGAUUACUUGAAAAAGUUUCUACCUCGAGAAAUAGAAGUGGUGAAAGGCCUCAAACAUGAAAACCUUAUACGGUUUCUGCAAGCUAUCGAAACCACUCACAGAGUGUACAUAGUGAUGGAGUACGCGGAGAACGGCAGCCUACUGGACAUGAUCCGCAAGGAGCAGCACAUCGACGAGCCGCGCGGCCGCCGCUGGUUCCGCCAGCUGGUGGCGGCUGUCGACUACUGCCACGAGCGCGGGGUCGUGCACAGGGACAUAAAAUGCGAGAACCUGCUAAUGGACACCGGUCUGAACAUCAAGCUGUCCGACUUUGGCUUCGCGCGCGGCCACAUGAAGCCAAAGAACGGCGUGUAUGCCCUCAGCGAAACCUUCUGCGGGAGCUACGCCUACGCAUCCCCGGAGAUACUGAAGGGGGUUCCGUACCGGCCGCAGGACUCCGACAUAUGGAGCACGGGCGUCGUGCUGUAUGCGAUUGUCUAUGGCCGGCUGCCGUUUGACGAUACCAAUUAUAAUCAGUUGUUGAAGCAAGUGCAAAACAAAGUGACGUUCCCCCGAGAGCCGAAAGUCUCCUCCGACUGCAAGAAGCUGAUCACGAAGAUCCUGGCUCCCCUCAAGGUGCGGGUCAAGAUCCCGCAGAUCCUGGCGGACCCGUGGCUGCAUGCGCGCGCGCAGCACAGCGACGACCUCGUGCAAGCGCAGGUUGAAUGCUUACAUGAAAACCCACAAUACAGUAGAGAUGAAAACCUAAGUGUGAAUAUUGGAACUACGUGAAGAGAGGCCUGUGAAACUAACAUUAGUGGAAUUUUGUGUGAUCAUAGAACUUUGUGUACCUGAAUGAAUUAAUAUAUUUUAUAAUUUUGUUCAUA